AUGGAUUGGAACGCGACUUGUGUGUGCACGUUUUGAAGUUUUAGUUGUGUAUUUUUUUCAAAUAGAAUUUAAAAAUAAUUAAAACACCGGUAUGAGAGGAGCGGACACUCUGAUACCGGCUAGAUUUUUAACUCUAACUAGUCAUUUAUCUGCGGUAAUUACUUUACUAUGGGAGAGCCAGGAGAGCACUCGACACUGUUUGCCGAGCCACUUUCACGACGAUCAUUUCCAAAUAUAUCACCACCGGUUGGUAGCAGGCUUCGCGUCGGCUCUAGCGCUAAUCCUGCUCGAGUACUUCACUUUCCUGUCCGGACUAACAAUGUUCUCACCUUCCGUGUCUCUCAUAUCGACCGCCGGCCACGGCUCUGCCUCAAUUGCCUUAACGUACUUCGUCAUAGACGGUUGGCUUUGUGACUGGUACUGGCCAAUAUUCGUCCUCUGCAGUGUACUCCCGUCUAUCUUUGAUGUGACCACAGCCUUUCUAAAUAUGUGUUCUAUCAAGUGGUGAAAGUUUCUUCUUAGUUUUAGUGUUUUAGGCUUAAGUUUUGCUGCAAAAUGAAGCUGAAGGAUUUUAUUAAUUUGUUUAUAACCACCGAGCACCAGCAUCUAACCACAUCGCACGACUACAAGGGGGGAUGGUCCCUCUACUUGGUACUAGCCGGGAUAGUAACGACUCUGGGCUCCUCGCUACCUGUUGGAUAUAAUAUAGGAGUUGUUAAUACGCCUGCCGAGGUAAUAAAAAAAUUUUGCAACGAGAGUUUCAUAAGCCGAUACGACGUAGUGCUCGACGAAAAAUGGCUGAACGUGCUGUGGUCGUCUGUCGUGUCCAUCUUCAUAGUCGGCGGCUGUACCGGGUCCAUUCUCGGAGCUGUACUCGCCAACAGCUUGGGAAGGAAAAUGGCGACAGUUCUAACGAGCGUACUGUCGGUCGCCGGCGGCCUGUUGUUUCUGCUGUGCCAAAAAGCUAACUCAGUAGAAAUGCUUAUUUUAGGAAGAUUACUAGUCGGUCUGUCUGGUGGCCUAACCACCAGCAUAGUGCCCAUGUACCUGACGGAGCUAGCCCCGCCCGCGCUGACGGGAGCCCUGGGGGUCGCGUGCCCCAUGGGGGUCAAUGUAGGCGUGCUCGUCGGACAGAUCAUGGGCUUAGAUUUUAUAUUGGGUCGUGCCGAGGACUGGCCGUACCUUCUGUCCGUCUAUGCGUUGCUAGUCAUUAUUUGUUUACCUUUGUUAUUUAUACUGCCAGAGAGCCCUAAGUACUUAUUUGUAGUUAAGAAAAACGAGGAGAGAGCUUUAAAAGAACUGAGUCGCCUCCGCGGCCGAUCACCAAGUCUACUAUCAGACGACCUUGAACUCUUACGCGAAGAGGUCCGAUGUGGGGAGGCUGCCACUCUCAAUGGAGAACAGGAGUGGUCCAUGAUCCGAGUCCUCACAGACAAGAGGUUGCGCCUGCCUCUACUCCUGGCUUGCACCAUGCAGGCUGGACAGCAGACCAGCGGGAUCAAUGCCGUAUUCUACUACUCCCAAACGAUCUUCAAGCAGGCCGGCCUCACAGAGAAGAACUCGCAAUACGCCACAAUAGGCUGCGGGUUCAUCAACGUGUGUACCGCGGUGCUCAUGCUCAAGUUAUUACCGCGGUACGGAAGAAGGCCACUACUAUUGGCGUCUAUAUUCAGCGCUUCAGUUAUAUUGGCGUCGUUGGCUGCUUGUAUGAGGUUUAUGGACGUGGUGUCGUGGAUGCCGUACGUGUGCAUGAUAGCGGUGCUGUCGUAUGUUCUAGUCUACGGGUUCGGCCUCGGCCCGAUACCCUACUUUAUUGCCUCGGAGCUGUUCGAGGUGGGUCCCCGCCCCGCAGGCAUGGCGUGGGGUUCCCUCGCCAACUGGGGGGGUAACUUCCUAGUCGGCAUGUCAUUCCCCAGCAUGAGGGAAUCCAUCGGUCCCUACUCCUUCUUGGUAUUCUCGGCCGUCACUGCUGUGCUGUUUGUCUUCCAGAAGCUAUACUUCCCAGAAACCCGCGGUAAGACUCCAACUCAAGUGACACAGUUAUGCAGUCGCGGCUUCCGAUCCAAGCCUCUCAUCUCGCCCGCCAUGUCUAGUGUAUGACGUCAUCACAACACGGGUGUAAUAUGUGACUGAUAUGUGUGUAAGUGGACUGUUUUGUAUGUUUUUUGAAGGGGGGUAAAGAGUUUUUUGGUGCAGUACUCCACACUUAAAGGUCGAAUAGUUUUUAAACAAUUAAUACUAUAGAAAUUUUAUUGAAUCAUCUUGUCUCCGGUUACUCAGUAAUAUCGGGCUAGCUGGAAGAGAUUUCUUAUGAAAUAAGCUGUGCCUUUGUACUAUCUGUUCUAUUUUUCUUCUUUCUGUAUUCUGAGUGUGUACAUAAACUGUUAAAUAAAUAAAUAAUAUCAGGCCCGUAGGUGUGUUUUUGCUAACUCAUUUAUUAGUAAUUGAUGUUCAAAAUGCUUAGCGGUUGCUUUAGUAAUUUUGUAAAUUACUGUUACGAGUUUUUACGCAUGGCCACAUUUACAGGCACUUAUUAGUCUACUUACAUCAUAAAAAUGCUGAAAUUCCAUUGUCACAAUAGUCUGAGAUUUGCCACAUUUUUUUUUGUUAGGUAAUCAUCAAAUAACCCCUCCUAACAGACCUGAGAUUUGCCACCUCUUUAAAAAAUGAACAAAUUCUUUAACCCCACUUCAAAAGUUACUAACGUAAUAUGAGCUCAAAUUGUAAACGUAUGACAGAUGUAUUAGCUAGGAUCUUUUACAAAUUAAAUGCUUUUAAGUAUAAAUAUGUAUGUAUAAUAUGGCAGCGUAUAUACAGAGUGUAUCUACAGAAACAUAUCCAUUUCUAUUUUUAUACUAGUCGAAAAUUAUCGAAUUGGUUUAACGUGGAAAAUUUCGUUGGAAUCUCUAAAAAAAUGUAUUUUAUUUUUAACUUUAAACACUCAUUAAUGUCCUCCUGAUAUUAUAAAUUUGAAAAUGUCUUUGGAUGUAUGUGUUACUAUUUCACGCAAAAGCCAAUAAAUUGGUUUGAUAUUAAAUCUUGUAUAUCAGAAUAACUUGUUAUUACUUUUAUCCAUGUGUGGGAGGUUGUUACCUCGGGAUGUAGGUAGAACCGCGGGUGAAAAUCACUAUGAUACAUUUAGCUCAAUCAACAAGACGAUUCUUUUUAUUAUUUUUUCUGAUGAUGAAUGUUUUUUUUUUGUGUUUUUCAAUUCAUGUGGUGCAAGGAUAGUCAAAUAUGCUACUGAUAUAAGUGUGCUCGGUGCAUUUUGUAUUAAAUAAGUAUUUUUUUGUAUUGUUAUACGAUAAGUGCACUUUUUAAUAUUUGCGCUAGUGCUACAAGACUUUAGGUGACUUCCAACGUUUUGGUUCAAAAUGCUGCAUUUACUUUUGGCGGUCUACAUUCAACAAAACAAUAUAAAUUUGAUCAAAUACUGUGUAAGUAGCUAGGAAAGCUGUCUGCCGGAUAAUACAGAAGUUAGAUGCAUUUUUAUGUAUCUUACAUAGCUAACUGCUUAAAAUAGCUUCUUAAAUUAAACUUCAAUUUUUUUGUAUACUUGAAUCUUUCUAAAGUAAAUGAAGCAUUGAACCACUAAGAACAAAUUAGCUGUAAGUUUCUAAGGAAAUAGUUUGUAACAGAUUCUUGCGUAUUAUCUUACAAGUCUCAGAUCCAUACUGGUUGUUGCUUGCAUGUUUAUAAUAACUGGAGUUAGGGUACCGGGUAACAACUCUACUUCAUCAUUAUCAUCCCAAUAUUAUUUGGGGUCGGCGCAGCAUGUCUUAUCCUUCCAUACUCUUUUAUAUGCAGUCAUCUCAAAAAUGACAUUCUUUCUAACCAUUUUUCACACAAUUCACCGAUCGUUUCUAUGGUCGUCCUCUUCUACUAGGUACUAUUGCUGUUUCUAAACUAUCGCAAAGUACUGUGAUUUUAGGCUUUGUUCAAUGAAAAACAAAAAAAUAAUCCGAAUUCAGAAUCUAUUUUCUUCCGACUUCCCAAAAAGGAGGAUGUUAUCAAUUCGGGUGUUUUGGGGAUCAUCAUCCUCCUGCCCUUAUCCCAAUUUUAUUUGGGGUCGACGCAGCAUUUUAUAUCUUCAUAAUCUCCGGUACUCUCACUCCAGCUAUAUCCGUCUUCAAGACGUUUUUAAAGUACAAAAUAACUAGUAUCAGUACCAUAACAGUUUUGUAAGAUCGAUAACACAUUUUGUCCAUCCAUCUCUGAACUAAAAAUAAGUAGGUAUUAUGAAUUUAUGCUUCGUGUGCCUAGUUAAGGUCGGUUACAAUACAGGUUUAGCUAGUUUUUAAAAGUAGUAUUUAUUCUUUAAAUACAGGCGUGGGGACAUAAUUAUCUGUUAAUAUGGACAGCUGGUAGAUAUUUUUGAGUAGCUAAUAUUACACCUAUACCUAAUUGUAUCUUCUUUGAAAAUAAAAAUAUGUAUAUGAAAGGUCCACUACUUGACGAAGUCACGUCUGUUUACCAGCUAGUGAGCCAUUACAAUAAUAAAAUAAGAGAUAAAUAUUCUAAACAGUUUUUUUUGUAUCGAAAUUAUUGCAUUAAUGGCAAUUAAAUUUAAUCCCUUGUAUGUCACACGGGCACUCAAUGGAGAUGAUAUAAUUAUAAUUUCAUGAAUGUAGCUAGAACUUUACUGUAACAAGUAUUUUUAUACAUAAUGUGAGUAGCCUUCGGGUCAAACAACCACAUCUGUAUUUAAAGUAUAAAGCAUAUUUUUACAAUAAUUUUCAGUGCGCACAAAUUGUAUUUAUUAUAUUAAAUACGUCCACCACUUCGUGUCUUUAAAGUUUUUUACCGUUUAUACUAGAACUUACAAACAUCACUUUAGUGCAUAAUUUAUAUUAAAAAAUAGAGGAAUAAGGAUUAUUUUGUUGUUUAAUUAUUUUUAAUUAAUUAUAAGUUUGAGGAAAUGUAAGCUCUUGUAUGCGUAGAACAUUAUUUUAUUGUGCAUUUUUACAAUAAACAUUGAAGUACCAUUUA